UUAUUUCCCACUCGCACGACGCACACUGCACAGUGCACAGUCGUAAUGUCAUAUUAAUAUUAUAAUUAACUCAAUACUCAUUAGUGAUUAGUCAUUCGUCGACUCGUCGUUUUCACUCGUAACUCGUAUUAGUCACUAUAAAGGUGGUCGGUCGUCGGUGGUCACUCAUAUUAUUAUUAUAGUCGUAUUGAGUAUUCUCUUCGUUACUCGUUAGUGGUUAGUUAGUAAUCACAAGUUCACUUCUGUCGUUACUCACUCAGUAUCCAACAUAAUUUAGUUCGUUUGCUUAGUGGUGUUCAAUUACUUCCCGUCCGAAUAUAAAAAAAUUUCUAAUUCCAACAAUCUAUAAACAUGAGCUAUCCAGGAUAUCCUCCUAACAAUCAGGGAUUCCCUGGCCAGCCUGGAGCUCAACAGCCUGGCUCCCAGUUACCCUAUCCAUCAUACCCCGGAGGUAAUGUAGGACAACAAGGGUAUCCAAUGCCAAGUGCUUAUCCACCAGGCCAACCCAGCUACCCCCAACAGAGCCCAUACCCUCAAAUAGGUCAAUAUCCACCUCAACAACCUGGACAGUUCUUACCUCAAUCUGGUCCAUAUGCUCCAAAUCCAUCAAUGUAUCCAUCAUCAGCUGUACCAGGCCAAUACCCAUCAUCUUCUGUAGGCGGUCAAUAUCCACCCACUGUACCAGGCCAAUAUCCACCACAAGCUUCCCCAUAUCCAAAUGCCCAACUGCCUUCUGGUUUCGCACCUCAGUCUGCUGCCUACCCAACUCAAUCAGCCUAUCCUACUCAAUCAGCCUACCCACCCAAUCAACCAGCAACUUCAGUUUAUCCGAAUAUGACAGCUGGUGGUUACGACGGUGGUUCUCGAGUUCCACCACAAGCAGCAUAUCCACCUAUUAGCACUCCUGCACAUUAUCAACCAUUGAGCAGCUCACCUGCUCAGAAAAAGUCUAAUCCAACACUUCGUCCAGCCAAUCCAUUUGAUCCACGUCGUGAUGCUGAAAUAUUGCGUAAAGCUAUGAAAGGAUUUGGAACUGACGAAAAAUCGAUAAUACAGGUCUUGGCUCAUAGAGUCAAUUCUCAAAGACAGGAAAUUGCAAUUCAAUUCAAGACUAUGUUUGGUAAAGAUUUAAUAUCCGAUUUGAAAAGUGAACUGAGUGGAAAGUUUGAAGAUCUGGUUGUAGGACUCAUGACACCUACUUAUGAUUUUCUUGCUAAAGAAAUUCACAAUGCUAUUGAUGGUAUUGGAACUAAUGAAGAAACGAUAAUUGAAAUCAUAUGCACUGCUUCUAAUUCUGAGAUUAACAACAUAAAAAUGGCAUACCAUAAAUUAUUUGGAAAUGAUUUAGAAAAAGAGCUUAUGGGAGAAACAUCAGGAAGUUUCCGCAGAUUAUUAGUGUCACUUUGUCAGGGACAACGCAAUGAAAAUACAUUUGUUGAUGUGGCAUCUGCACAAGCUGAUGCACAAAACUUAUUACAAGCUGGUGAACUACAAUUUGGAACUGAUGAGUCUACAUUCAACAUGAUCUUGUGUAGCCGUAGCUUUUGUCAAUUACAACAAGUAUUUUUGGAAUACCAUCGUCUAACUGGAAGAGACUUUGAAGAUGUUAUCAAAAGUGAAUUCAGUGGAGAUAUUGAGAAUGGGCUUAGAGCAGUUGUAAAAUCUGUUAGAGACAAAAGUGCAUAUUUUGCCAAACGUUUGCAUGAAAGCAUGGCUGGUUUCGGCACAAAUGACCGAGCACUGAUUCGUAUUGUUGCAACUCGUUGUGAAAUAGAUAUGGUUGAAAUAAAAAAUGCUUACAUGUCAAUGUAUGGGAAAUCAUUGGAGGCUGAUAUUGCGUCUGAUACUAUGGACGAUACAUCGGGUGAUUACAAAAAAUGUCUGACGGCUCUAGUUGUUGGCUAAAAAUAGUAAUAUACAUUUGAUAUUUGUAUACAGUAUUCUAUUUAUAUAAUCAUUAAUACAUUUUACACAUUUCGCAUUAUUUAAUCUAAAAACUUAAAUUGAUAUUUACUAUUUUCAUUUUUUUGCAUUUAAUAUUAAUAUUUUAUACAAGUAUAUUUUACUAGUAUGAAUAUUUUUACUCAUUCUUAAAGCAAGAUUUAAAUUGUGAUGAUUAAAUUUCAUAAUUUAUUCUUUUUUUAUCUAUUGCGAAUCAUAUAAAUGUUGGUAUUUGAUUAUUAAAUACUUUGGGCUUGGGUAUUUAAAAAAAUAAUAGUUAUUUUUAGUCUUAUUUAAAUACAUAAUAUAUUACAAACAUUUCUAUUUUUUAACAUUCAACGCACGGUAAACAUUUAAACUCACUUUACUAAAUUUACAUGUAUUCAUUUUCAUUAUGUCAAUUUUAUUUUAUUUUUUUGAAGAUUUGUUAAUUUUUUCUAUAUUUUUUUAUAUUCUAAUUUAAAUAAACCGAAAUUAAAAUCAUUUGCCAAAUCUACUCUAUGGUUAAUAUUAUAUAAAAUUAAUUAUUCAAUUAUAUUAUGUAUUACAAAUACUUUAGUUUAUAAGCAGGGUAAAUACGUGCCACUUAUUGACAAUUAUUGUAAAUCACUGAACGAAUUUUAUAUACUCAAGGUUUAUGGCUCAAUGUUUAUGGCUGUUAAAAGUCUAAAAAUUGGUGCUUGAUCAUUUAAUAUUAAUUUGUUAUUAUACUUUGAAUAUUAGACAUAUUAUAAUUGUCUCAUUAUUUAUGCAUUAAUAAAUGCAAACGGUGGCGUUGUCAACUUCUUAUUAUUAAUUAUUGAUAGACUCUAAUUAAUUGUAUUAUAAAAAUACUGUUGAAGUAAAAUAAUUUUAAAUUUAAUCAUUUACCUUAACAUUUCUAAUUUCUUAAAAUAUUAUCAUAUUAUUAUAAUUAUGUUAUUCGUAUGACAAAUUACAAUACUAUGAGGUUAAAAUUAACAAUUCAAUGUUUAACUCAGUAAUAUCUUUUGCAACGUCACUGGCUUAUUAGUUAUUUGUUAUUGUGCUGUUAUUCUUACUGUUAAUAUUCUACCAUGUGUUUUAUGUUUUACAAUUUAUU